AUGCGGCUUUUGUUUCUAAUUUUGUUUCUGUGUUUUGUGCUUUGUGAUAGCUUCGAUAUGAUAAUCGGUGAUACAGUUCACAGAAAAAUGGUCUUCCACCAGAGGGUUAAGGAUUUUGCGAUACCAUUUAAGAAGAGAAUUAAAAUCUUAACGUAUAAAGAUCCAGAAAAUAGAAUCAUUAAGGGAGUUGCUGCAAUAGAUAAUGACUUCUCACACGCUAGCGCAAAUAUUACCGACGGUGGAGUUGGAUUUUCUUACGUCACAGUGAGGAUGAAGAGCCAGAGACAUCACCCGCUUAACUUUGAAGUUGAGAUUUACGUCUGA